GCUGCUGAUUUAUGGCAAAUACUGCAGCCACAUGGAGUACGCCCAGAACACACUCAACCACCUCCUCGCCAACCGGGAGGACGUUCGGCAGAAGGUGGAGGAAUGCACACUAAAGGUUCAGGAGGGGAAAUUUAAAUUGCAAGAUCUGCUGGUGGUUCCAAUGCAAAGAGUUUUGAAAUAUCAUCUCCUGUUAAAAGAGCUGCUCAGCCAUUCAUCGGACCGCCCAGAGAAGGAGCAGCUGAAGGAGGCUCUGGAGGCGAUGCAGGACUUGGCCAUGUACAUAAAUGAAGUAAAGAGGGACAAAGAGACUUUAAAGAAAAUAAGUGAAUUUCAGAGCUCCAUAGAAAAUCUGCAAGUGAAGCUGGAGGAGUUUGGGAGGCCAAAGAUUGAUGGCGAGCUGAAGGUCCGCUCCAUCGUCAACCACACCAAGCAGGACAGGUAUUUAUUUUUAUUUGAUAAAGUGGUGAUCGUCUGCAAAAGGAAAGGAUACAAUUAUGAGCUGAAAGAAAUUAUUGAGCUACUUUUCCACAAGAUGACUGAUGACCCUAUGAACAACAAGGACAUUAAGAAGUGGUCAUACGGCUUCUACCUAAUCCACCUUCAGGGGAAACAGGGCUUCCAGUUUUUCUGCAAGACGGAGGAAAUGAAGAGGAAGUGGAUGGAGCAGUUUGAAAUGGCAAUGUCCAACAUAAAGCCAGAGAAAGCCAAUGCAAAUCACCAUAACUUCCAGAUGUACACAUUUGAAAAGACAACCAACUGCAAAGCCUGCAGGAUGUUCCUGAGAGGAACCUUCUACCAGGGAUAUCUUUGCCCCAAAUGUGGAGCGGGUGCUCAUAAGGAGUGCUUGGAGAUCAUUCCUCCCUGCAAGAUCGGUUCUUCAGCAGACCAGGAUUUGAGUGCUGGACCUGGUCCUAAAAUGGUGGCGGUUCAGAAUUACCAUGGAAACCCAGCCCCUCCUGGGAAGCCGGUGCUGACAUUUCAAAUUGGGGAUGUGAUUGAGCUGCUGAGGGGGGACCCCGACUCACCAUGGUGGGAGGGGCGGCUGCUGCAGACAAAGAAGUCGGGUUAUUUUCCCAGCUCGUCGGUAAAGCCCUGCCCAGUUGAUGCAAGGCCUCCCAACAGCCGGCCGCCCUCGCGGGAGAUUGACUACACGGCGUACCCAUGGUUUGCAGGGAACAUGGAGCGGCAGCAGACAGACAACCUGCUCAAGUCUCAUGUCAGUGGCACCUACCUGAUCCGGGAGCGGCCGGCCGAGGCCGAGCGCUUUGCCAUCAGUAUUAAGUUCAACGAAGAGGUGAAGCACAUCAAGGUGGUGGAGAAGGACAACUGGAUUCACAUCACAGAAGCCAAGAAGUUUGAAAGCUUGCUGGAGCUGGUCGAGUACUACCAGAGCCACUCGCUGAAGGAGAGCUUCAAGCAGCUGGACACGACACUGAAAUACCCCUAUAAAUCUCGGGAGCGCUCUACCUCCAGGACCUUCACCCGCUCUCCAGUGUUCACCCCCCGGGUCGUAGGGACGGCGGUGGCACGGUACAACUUCGCAGCGCGGGACAUGCGGGAGCUGUCGCUGCGAGAGGGCGACGUGGUGAAGAUCUACAGCAGGAUCGGCGGGGACCAGGGCUGGUGGAAGGGGGAAACCAACGGGAGAGUCGGCUGGUUUCCCUCGACAUACGUGGAAGAGGAGGGGGUGCAGUGACUGCACGGAUGUCUGAUGGAAAGGUCGUCGAGCGCCCAGAGCGAGCUGCUGCGGACCAUGCACACUUGAUGCCU